AUGGGGUCAAUCACCAGCGAACUGGAUGUUGCCAACAUCCCCAUCGUCGACCUCUCGCCAUUCACAUCUUCGUCACCCUCGACAGACAGAUCGCCAAUCGCCCGGCUCAAGGCCGGACAAGACCUGGUGCGCGCGUUCCGCGAGGUCGGCUUCGUGUACGUCAAGAACCACGGCGUGCCGCAGGCCGAGCUGGACGCGGCCUUCGCCCUCUCCAAGCGCUUCUUCGACCUGGCCCCGGAGGACAAGAUGAAGGCGCCGCAUCCACCGGGCUGGAGCGUGCACAGGGGGUACUCGUGGCCAGGGCUGGAGAAGGUGUCGAGCGCCUUGGCCAAGGAGGACGACGAGGAUGCGGUGAGGAGGUUGAGGGAGGUGCAGGAUUUCAAGGAAAGCUACGAAGUCGGCUCCGAGACCAACCCGGACCAACCCAACGUGUGGCCGCCCCCAGAGGUUCUCCCGGAAUGGCGACCGUUCAUGAGCGCCUUCUACUGGACGUGCUUCGGGGCGGCCAAGCAGAUGCUGCGGGCGCUGGCGCUGGGCAUCGGGCUCGCCGACGAGGACCACCUGCUGCGCUUCCACGACGGCCACCACAACCAGCUGCGCCUGCUGCACUACCCGCCCGUGGCCGCCGCGGCCGUCGAGAGCGGCAAGCUGGCCCGCAUGCCCGCCCACACGGACUGGAGCAGCAUGACGAUGCUGUUCCAGGACGACUGCGGGGGGCUACAGGUCGAGCACCCUCCCCGUUCGGGGCGGUUCGUCGACGUCCCGCCACUCAGGGACACCUGCGUCGUCAACGUCGGCGACCUGCUCAUGCGCUGGAGCAAUGACCUGCUCACCUCGACGGCGCACCGCGUGCAGCUCCCGCCCCUCCAGGACAGGUUUGUAGAUGGGGCUGACAAUACCCGCGUCACGCGCGCGCGCUACUCGAUCCCCUACUUCCUCACCACGGACCCGGACACCGUCAUCGAGUGUCUCCGCGUCGACGAGGAUAAUCCCCCAAAGUACGAACCGAUCACGCAGCGCGAGUAUGCUGCCAUGAGGGCGAGGAUGCAGUAUUGA